AGUACUUGAACACACCGCGAAAACUGACCGACUGUCAUGGCGUCUCCCUUGAAGGGGGAUUGGUACUGGAGAAAGUAGCCGCUGUCAUUUAUCAAUUUUCUUUUGUGUACGGAGCAGCUAACCCCGACUGAAGAGGCUUUUAGGAGCGGAUUGUUACCAUGGGGACUGUCCAUGCUAAGAGUCUGGAUCCUCUCCCGAUGCAUGGCCGGGACUUGGGCGUCAACCCUGAUGACUUGGUGGAGACUCCAGAACUGGGGCAGGAGGCCAAGCAGGAGAUCCUCGAAAACAAAGACGUGGUCGUCCAACAUGUCAACAUCCAGGGUCUUGGAAGAACUAAAGAGGAUCUGCUCGGCUAUGAGAUCUCUGAUGUUUUCCACGCCAAAAACCUCAUUGAUGUGAUGAAAAAAGCUCACGUUGCCAGACAGAGGCUGCUUCGUCUGGGUAUCUUCAAAGAGGUGGAGGUUCUUAUCGAUACGUCUGAAGGUACAGAUGCUUUGCCCAACGGUCUGGAUGUUACCUUUGAGGUGACAGAGAUAAAGAGGCUGACAGGAAGCUACAACACCAUGGUUGGCAACAAUGAAGGAAGCAUGGUGCUGGGUCUGAAGUUGCCCAACGUGUUGGGCCGAGCUGAGAAACUCACCUUCCAGUUCUCCUAUGGGACCAAGGAGACAUCAUAUGGCCUGUCCUUCUUCAAACCCCAGCCCGGACACUUUGAACGCAACCUCACUCUCAACAUGUACAAAGUCACCGGCCAGUUCCCAUGGAGCUCCUUAAAAGAGACCGACAGAGGCCUGUCUGCUGAACUUAAUUUUCCUCUCGGGAUGACCAACCACAUGUUGAAGUGGGAGGGUGUAUGGAGGGAGCUGGGCUGCCUGGCACGCAGUGCUUCCUUCGCCGUGCGAGAGGAGAGUGGACACUCGCUGAAAUCUGCCCUCUCGCACACUGUGUCUGUUGAUUCAAGGAAUUCUGCCAUUUUCCCCAGCAGAGGUGCCUUACUCCGGAUCAGCCAGGAACUGGCUGGGUACACAGGAGGAGACACCAGCUUCUUGAAAGAGGAUUUUGAGCUGCAGCUCAACAGACGGUUCUUCUGGGACUCAGUCUUGUCUGCUUCUUUGUGGGGUGGGAUGCUUUACCCCAUCGGAGGACAGCCGUCCUGCAUCGCUGACAGAUUCUAUCUUGGAGGGCCCACCAGUGUACGAGGGUUUGGGAUGUACAGCAUUGGGCCACAGAGUGAAGGUGACUAUCUGGGUGGAGAGGCGUACUGGGCAGGUGGGCUGCACCUCUACACUCCACUGCCCUUCAGACCAGGCAAGGGCGGCUUUGGAGACCUCUUCCGAACACACUUCUUCCUCAACGCAGGCAACCUCUGCAACCUCCAUUAUGGUGAUGGUCCCCGGGCACACCUUCAGAAGCUAGCUGAGUGUAUUCGCUGGUCCUACGGAGCGGGCAUCGUGCUGCGGCUCGGGAACAUCGCCAGACUGGAGCUCAACUACUGUGUGCCCAUGGGGGUUCAGAGUGGAGACAGGAUAUGUGACGGUGUCCAGUUUGGAGCAGGAAUUCGCUUCCUGUAGCCUCAUCACGCCACUGCCCUCAGUACUCCAGCAGAGGCUGUGAUGUGAAAAGGGAGAACGUCUUGUUGUUUGUCACCUGUAACUUGUUGUCGAGUGUUGUAACACUAGCAUGGGUCCUAUGUCCUGGGGAAACAUGCCUAACCCCCCCAACCCUGCUUUGAUAUGCACCAUUUAAGGCUUUUGAACAACAAAGUGCCAGUGCUGGGCCAUAAAACUAGUGAAACUUUUUUCUGUACAAACUGAAUGAAAGAAGAAAGUAACCAGAUAUAAGAUUUCUACCUAUGGCAAAAAUACAAUCAUGAUAAAUAUUUUACAAAUCCCAACAGCAUGUCAGCAGGUAUUCUCUAGUGAAUCAUAGUUUUGUUUUUAAUUUAAGCCACUGUUCUCUUUCCUUGGUUUGUCUCCAGCACUGGCACUUUGUCUGCGGAAAAGUCAUCUACCAGUGAUUUCACCCAGUUUGUUUCCUGUGGUGACACAAAGUAACUUAUUUUCCAGAAUGUUAAAGAGAUUUUGGGCAUGUUUCCUGUUUGCCUUCCAGGACUGCUUCUUAUACAGGAGCACAACUUGUUAAUAAUUGUGUUUGACAGUUAACAGUACGCCACACACUCUUCUGACCUGAUGACUUUUGUUGAGUUGUACUGUGUGAUUGAAUGAUUGCAGUAGCAGCCACGGAGUGAACCAAGAGAAACCGGCACUUUUUAAGCAAAGCAGCGGUGUUUAAGAGAAUCGUCCCUCAUGCCAAAGCAGUUCAAACAUUGUUGUCUGAUGUCAAGAACGGCUGGUUGAUCUCUUGGGACGGCAGCAGAGGUGGGAUCGACCCGUGAGCAACAUCCACCACCAGUGCUCUUACCGUUAGUCCUCUUUUUGAUGUUGUUGAAGAUAUUCCCAAAUAAAUCACAGCUGCUCCCCUGA